AUGUCGGAAAACAAUUCUGCUAAAGAUGAAAAAGAAACCGAAAUAAAUACAAGUCUUAAAGAUACACUUUCUGCCAUUAAAACUACAGCAGAAGCUAAAAAUUCAAUGUUGCCAAAAUUCCGCGAUGAAUUUUCAAUUAAUGAUGAAGAUAUUGAUAUUAUUGAUCCUGUAAA